CGAGCACUGCGUUUGGUUCACUUUCAGUCUUGAGUUGUCGGUCAAGUAAGUGACAACACGAAAAAAAUACUAGAUUUAGCAACCUAACACAUGGAUUUACUAAACUUCGCGCUGUUUCUGGAGUGAGUCUGGACCGAGGAAGGACGACUUAAAGUGGGACUCACCUCCUCCUCCUCCUCUUCCUCCUAUGCUGAUCUCUGAUCCCUAUUGGCUUCUGUUCCACAAGAGGCAGAGCUAAGUAUGGGGUAAGAGAGCUGAGAGCAGACCGCCAAAACAGCACAAGCUUAGGAGGCCUUCUCACCUGCACAGGUGGUGAGAAGUGCAGUUCACUGUCAUGGCGCUGCUACGGAGGAGGCUUAAGCUUGUGGUGACAGUGAUGAUGGUUAAUCUCUUCAUCUUCAUCCUCAUGUCCCGAAACAGCAGUCCGGACAAAAAUGGACGCAACAAAGUUCGCAUCCCCUCCAAACCAUUCUGGACCAAAAUGGUUCCCAGCUCAGCCUACUGGAACCGUCAGCAGCAGAUUCUGGACCUCCACAACAAUCCAAUCUUGGUCUCUAACUUGAGCAGCACCGAGCUGCCGGACUGGCUUAAUGGCACAAGUCUGACCUCUGACCCCUGCCAGCCUGACAUCAGGGUUACCACUAAAGUGAAAGACUACAACUCCCUUCCACAGCGCUUUAAGGACUUCUUACUGUACAUGCGCUGUCGCUCCUACCCUCUCACUGUGGACCAGCCUGAUAUCUGUCAGGAGCCUCCAUUCCUGCUGCUAGCUGUCAAAUCGCUGGCACCUCAUUUCGACCGCCGCCAGGCCAUCCGGGAGUCCUGGGGACGAGCAGGCACUAUAGCCAACCAUACAGUUGUUACCAUCUUCCUGCUGGGUAAUGCCACAGCAGUGGACCACCACCCAGAUUUGUCAGAAAUGCUACGAUAUGAAAGCACACGACACAAGGACAUCAUCCAGUGGGACUACAGAGACUCAUUUUUCAAUUUGACUGUCAAAGAAGUUUUGUUUCUUGAAUGGAUACAUACUCGCUGCCCUGGGGCUCGUUUCAUCUUCAAAGGUGAUGAUGACGUCUUUGUCAACACCUACCGCAUCCUGAAUUUCCUCAACGGCCUCUCAGAGUCUAAGGCCAGGGACCUGUUUGUCGGUGAUGUCAUCACAAACGCAGGGCCACACAGAGACAAAAAGGUGAAAUAUUUCAUCCCAGAAAGCAUGUAUGUGGGUACGUACCCUCCAUACGCAGGCGGUGGUGGGUACCUUUACUCUGGUCAUGUAGCCGCUCGUCUGCACAAUGUGUCACAACACGUGGCGCUCUACCCCAUAGAUGAUGUCUACACAGGCAUGUGUCUGAGGAAGCUAGGGCUGGCCCCAGAGAAAAACAAAGGCUUCAGGACUUUCAACAUUGAGGAGAAGUACAGGUCAAACCCUUGCGCCUAUAAGAGCUUAAUGUUAGUUCACCCAAGGACUCCGCAGGAGAUGAUCCAGAUCUGGGCCUGGCUCAGCAGCCCUGACCUGAUCUGUCAGUGACAGUCUUUCUCUGUGUGGGUAGCCCCACUUUAGCUGAUUAAAAUUAUAACACUCCUGGAGGAGAAGACAUUUUGGAAUUGUUUCCAGGAGGUGACACAUUUUACUUCAAACAGGGUCAGAACUUUAAAGUUGGCAGCUUUUAGGUAAGAUAUUAUUGUAAUGGUGACUUUGAUCCUCACAGCCUUGAUCUGGUGCUGCUGAUGCAUCUAACCCUUCAGACUAAGGUUUCAAAAUGGCCAACAUAGUAUUUUCACUUGAUGUCAGACUUCAUUGUCGAGUUAACCCUGCUUUGCUGUAGAAAGAGCUUUACCAAGAUUGACUGAUAGGUCUUUUCGUGCACAUAUUUGUACAACUAUUUAUAUGGCCUUUGUAAUGCUUUAACACUGUGCCAGCUCCAUGAUGGGGCUCCUCAAUGCUGUGUUAUAUAAAUAACAAGACUAAGAUGUGUUCUCCUAAUUAUGUUGAAAAGAAAUGGUCUAGACAUCAGCAGGGCUUUAAGACUAGUAUUUUUUUUAGCACUUAGAGUGUCUGAAAAUUUUCAACUUUACAUAAAAGAAUUAACCUCAUUCCAAAGUACAACAACCUAGUGGUGCUUUGAUGAAGUGGUUUAUUGCAAAAAGUCUAGAGAGAACUUAUAGGUGAACACAUCGUCAUUGAUCGAUUCAUUCAUUCAUUGUUGCUGGAGGUUAAAUUUGUGCUGCUAUUCCUGCACACACUCCUCAGAGUAUUUACUUGUGUUUGCUGCAUCUGAAACAAAGCAACUUGUACUUAUUUAACUUUUUUCUAGUGUGCUUUAUCAGAGUUCAUUUACAAAACAUUUAUUCACUGAAGCAAGGUGUAUUUAGUUCUUCCAAAAUUGUUAAAAUCUUUUCAGAUUUACCAUGAAAAUGUGUGUGUGUUUGGUGGAAUAAACACACACUCUUCAGUAAACAGAAAGAAAAGGAGCUGUGCUCAGACAGCUCAGCAGGUCUGGGCUUGGUUUGACAUAGAUAGAGAAAUCCAAAUGCUGUCUGAUUCUGCUUCGUGUCCUCUGUGAUAAUACCCCAUAGAAACUGCUCAUAUGAAACCUUCGUGCAUUGUUCAGAGACACAUUUGUUUUGCUUCUGUCUGAAAAUGCUUCUGCCUCAGGAGUAUCUACUAAUACUUUACUGAAAUGUAUUGAUUCACCAUGAUGUGAAUGAAUGAUGCUUUAAAAUGUAGGCUGUCAUGUCAAAGUGUUGGAUUUAGGCAGUGGACGUCUUCAUUACAAAAUGUAACAUAUUCCUUACCAAAAGUGCAGAUAAAUACUUGCUUAAAAAGAAUUGCUUUAUUCAUUGAAAAUUAUCACUUUACUUUACUGAUUUGUUACUUUAAUGUUAUGUUAAUGUCACACUUGUCUCAUUUUGUAAGGAACAUCUUCAUUUUAUUUAAUGCUCAGCUCACUGCUGUAUGGCUAAAGCACAGCAAUGUUAUAGAGGAAGUGCAGCACGUAUUUACCUUUCAUCCAGGAUAGAUAAAGUUUAUUAGCUGUGAGUAGCACACAGGAAUAUACUUGACACAUAUCAAAUAUCAUUUUUCCCUUUUGUCUUCUAUAUAUAUUUUCUGUUCAGAGUUAAAAUGACAACUACAUUGAGGAGUUGCCUCUUUUUGCAUGUUUAGAACCCCGGUAGGGAAGGUCACAGGUGAAAGUGUGUGUUUAACACUGAAUGUAUGUCUUUACCCAGGUUUUGGGUCCAUCCAGUUCACUGAUGUAAUUGAGGUGGGUUUCCCUCAGUAUUCAUACUUCAGAAUGUCAUUGGACCCACUCUGUAUGAAGUGGAGUGAAUGUUCCGUUCAGUCAUGUACCUGGUUGUUAGGACCUCUGUUAGCGCCGCCCCCUGCUGGUCAGGGCAACAAACUGCAGGUUAACUUUCAAAACACAGACGCUGGUAUCUCAGUGACCUAAAACUGCGGUCCAGUUCUUUGUAAAGACCUAGUUUAUUUAUUCAUCUGUUAAUUGUCAUGUUAUUUGAUUCUUGUUGCUCCAGUUACGGCAACUUCUGUCUCUGUUUCACUUUUUGUGUCGGAAACAAACUUCCAACUGACAUAUUUGCUAUUUGCUGUUAAAUGUAAGUUUUAUUCUCAUCAAAUAUCUGACAUUUUUCACCCAACCAAAAUAUAUAGUCGACAAUCACAUGCAUUCAAGGAUGAAUGUUGUGUAUUUUUGUCAGAAAUACCACCAUAUUGGACGCUAUACUUUAGUGUGGUAAAACCAUCUGUUUGCCAGUCGGGAUAAAAACCGAGGAUAAAAAAAAAAGAAGCCGAGCACUAAGUGGAGUUUGUUCUGAAAUAUUUAAGUCGUGGCCUCAGCUUCUCUAUUGCUGUUGUUGUGGGUCAUGUAUCCUCAACCUGUUCACUACUCACAUACCAAAAACCAGGUCACGUUCUUUUCCUUGUUAUUGCACACAGUUUGUGGCUACUUAAAGUGUUUACAUGGUCACCUUUAGUUUUUAACCAGCAGCUGUUGAGCUGUGUCCUAAGACCAGACUGAUCUGAAACGUUGUCCCAUUAAAUACUUUUGCUUCUGUUUUGUCUCAUAUGCUGGAAUUUAAUAUUUCUGUGACUGUGCUUUCUGUAUUAAUUAGGCUUCAAAGGUCUUUUGAUGUUGAUUGCACCACGUAGCUGCAUGUUUGGACAGUGUUAGCCAUGCCAUUUCUCCUGUACAGUCUGCUGUCUUUCUGGCACAAAAUAAAACAUCAGAUAGAGAAACCUAAAACUACCAUGUAUUAGAAUCUCAACAUAACAGGGCAGCACAUCCAGAAAAAUGAAACAACCAUCAUCAGAUUAUCCUACAAAAAUUUAAGAGUUGGCCUAUGAUUCAUGAAGGGGCAUUUAGG